AUGUUCUAUAACAACACAAAACAAGAUUUUUUAUGUUGUAAUUCACCAACACCAUCUAAAGUUAUUGCUUUUGCAUCAGAACAAUGUUUAAAAAUAUUAAGUGAAAACUCACAUUGGAAUGCAGAUGGGAUAUUUCGCACCGCACCAGCAUUAUUCACACAGGCAUAUUAUAUUCAUGUUUGGGAUGAAUUUAGUAUGAAAUCAGUCAUAUUUUCGUGCUGUGAAGAUAAAUCACAAGAAGGUUACCAUCGUUUAUUCACAUCAUUGGUUAUUUAUGCAAAUACAAAAAAUAUUUCAUUAAAUUCAUCGUCAACCUUAAUAUAUUUCGAACAAGGUACAAUUAAUGCAAUCAAUGACGAAUUUCCACAAGCAUCAGUUAAAGGAUGUCAUUUUCAUUAUGCUAAAAAUGUAUGGAAAAAAAUUAAAAAAUAUGGUUUAGCUAAAUUAUCGAAACAAGAAAAUAUUCGUCCUCAAAUAGCCAAUAUUAUUAGUGCACCAUUAAUACCACCAAAUGAAAUAAAUAAUUCUAUGGAAAAAAUUAUUGAUGAAUUAUGUGAUGUUAACUCUAAGUUUGACAAAUUAACUGAUUAUAUAAUAAAUAACUAUAUUGAUGAUGGUCGAUUUCCUAUACAUAUGUGGAAUCAUUUCGAUACGAUUGGUGAAAGACCUCGUACUAAUAAUCACUUAAACCCCUCCCCAUAUUAG